AUGUCCUCAAACUGGCCAUUGUCGACCUUGAGCUUGAAGAAUAUCAGCAAUGGAAAAGACAACAUUCGACGCCUGUCCCAAAUUCAACACCCAAGAAUUCACACUCACAUCCCAAUCCGCGACGGCCGCACAAACGAAGUCUACAUAACCAAGCCCGCAAACUCAACCCCCUCCUCCAAGAACCCCGUCGUCGUCCUAAUCUUCGGCGGAGCCUUCAUAAUGGGAACAAACAUCCAAAUAAUCAUCUGGGCCCGCGCCAUCGCAAACCUCUACAACGCAACAGUAAUCCAACCAUCCUACCGUCUCGCCCCAGAACACAAGUUCCCCGCAGCCCCCAACGACAUCUGGGACACCAUAAAAUGGAUAGCAGCGAAUGAGUCCUCCCUCUCCGCCGAUCUAAGCAAAGGCUUCGUUCUAGGCGGCGGUUCCGCAGGAGAAAACCUAUCAAUCAUCACAGCGCAUCGAUCUUUGAAAGAAAACCUUUUCUCGCCUAUAACAGGCAUCCUGGCUAGUAUACCAGUUUGUAUGAGCAAGGAAACAGUUCCAUCGAAAUAUAAGGACCUAUAUCAAUCCCGAGAACAAAAUAUCGAUGCACCUGGUAACCCUGGUGCAGACUCGAAGAAAACAGGUGGUUAUGAAGCGUUGUACAGACAGGACUUUUUGUCAGAGGAUUUUUCACCGUUCAAUAUGGAUGUGCCAUUUAGUGAGAUUCCAAGGACUUAUGUGCAGGUUGCGGGGUUGGAUGAGCUUCGCGAUGAUGGGAUUAUUUAUGCGAAGGUUUUGGAGGAUAGUGGGGUUGAUGUUAGGUUUGAUGUCUAUCCUGGUAUGCCGCAUGGUCAUUUUAAUAUGUGGCCUGGGUUGAAGGCGUCGAUUAAGUCUCAGGAGGAUACUAUUUGGUAUUUUGGAUGGCUUCUGCGUCAGGAGGUGCCGAGGGAGAAGGUGGAGGAGAUUGUUGCACAGGUGACUCGGAAAUAG